AGUGAGCGUCGGUGUACGUAAAAUGGCGGACGGUGACAUUGAUUUGUACGCCGACGAUCUCGAGCAAGAUUUCGCGCAGGUAAUUCGUUUUUAUCAUUGUUAAUAAGUACCAAGUCGGUGGGUAAAUAUUAUUGUUAAUUGAUUAUCUCUAUAAAAAACAUUCGAAACUGUGAGAAAAAAAGCGAUAGUAAAGCGAGGUUCUUCGGCGUCAUGGAGGAGAGAUGGUAACGAUUGUUCGAAAGCGGUAUCUGAUUCUUGUUCAGACGGAAUACGAGUUUUAACAUACAUUUCGUUCGUGAUGAAUAGCUGUUGCAUUUAAUUAUUACAACCGAUAAACAUUUUCUAUAUUCUGUUAUAUAAUUACCGUGAUUUGCACACGUUUGGUUGCAUCGAAAACUAAAAAGCAAAUACAUAAUACAGAUUCACAGCAAGAAAAGCAAAAUGGUGUUAGCGGAUGAGUUUGCUGGCGAUGGUGUUGAUUUAUAUGAUGACGUGAUAGCAGCUCCUGCUGGUGGUAAUGGUGGUGUUUCUACAGGAAAUAGUGGAGAUGGUGGAGGUGAUACUACUUCACCAAAUGAAGAAACAAAUGGUAGUGCACCUUACCAUCAACUUGGAAAUAACAUCCAGCCAAAUCAAAUUGGAAGACGUCAUCAAUUAUAUGUUGGAAAUUUGACUUGGUGGACAAGUGAUCAAGAUAUAACUGAUGCAGUACAAAGUAUUGGUGUAUCAGAUUUUGUUGAAGUAAAGUUCUUUGAAAAUCGAGCCAAUGGACAAUCAAAGGGUUUCUGUGUAAUAUCUUUGGGUUCAGAACAAAGCAUGAGAAUAUGUAUGGAAAGAUUACCUAAAAAAGAAUUACAUGGACAGAAUCCUGUAGUAACAUUUCCUACUAAACAAGCACUGAAUCAAUUUGAGUCUCAGUGUAAGACACGUCCAGCUCCGGCUCCUCAACAAAGUCAGAGUCAACGCCCUCAUAAUCCACAUCAACAUCAGCCACCAAUGCCACCUCAUCAGCAGCAUCCACAACAUCCUCAACAUCCUCAACAUUCGCAACAAAAUCAUGGUCCUAGAAUGAUGAUGGGUCCUCCACAGGGCGUGAGACCACAAAGAAUGCCACCUCCAGGCAUGGGUCCACCAGGUCCAGGUGGACCUGGUCAACAAGGUCCACCUCGUAUGCAUGGUCCACCAAUGGGUCCAGGACCUGGACCACAUCAUCCUUUACCUGGACAUCCUAAUCAAGGUCCACCACCUCCUGGCUAUCAGCAAGGGCCAUGGAAUGGACCAAGACCUAAUGGUCCACCUGGACCACCAAGAGGUCCAAAUGGACCUGGUGGUCCACCUCAGCAAGGACCUCCAGGACCAGGUCCUGGUCAACAUCGACCUCCUGGAAUGAUUGAAAUAGAGUCUUCGUUUGUGUCCAUUCGACAAUUUCAUGGUGGUCCGCCUGGUCCGCCUGGUCAAGGACCUCCACGUGGUCCACCUGGACAUCCUGGUGGACCUCCAGGUGAUCCAAGAGGUGCUAAACCACGUCCAGAAUGGAAUAGACCACCAGGAAUGCAUCAUGGGCCUCAGGGACCACCAGGUUUCCCUCAACAUCAACAUAUGCAAGGCCCUCAACCUGGUCAAGGCCCACCACAGAGAGGACCUCCUCCAGGUUCUAUGGGUGGAAUGUUACCAGGUCCAGGAGGACCACCACCUGGUCAUGGAGGUCCACCUCAAGGACCACCACAAGGACCUCCAGGAGGACCUGCACCACAUGUGAAUCCAGCAUUUUUCCCACAAGGACCACCUCAUCAACAUCCAGGACAACAUCCACCAGGCCCUCCUGGUCCACCUCAUGGACCACCUCAUGGUCCACCACAUGGUCCACCUCAUGGUCCACCACAUGGUCCACCUCAUGGUCAACCACAUGGUCCGCCCCAUGUGCCUCCUCAUGGUUAUGGACCACCCGCAGCACAGCCACCUUAUGGCGCACCAGGACCUGAUCAUCGUCCAGAAGGUCCUCCUCCUCUCACAGAACAAGAGUUUGAAGAAAUUAUGGGUAGAAAUAGAACUGUUUCUUCUUCAGCAAUUGCUCGAGCAGUAUCUGAUGCUGCGGCAGGAGAAUAUGCAAGCGCUAUAGAGACCUUAGUUACGGCUAUUUCUUUAAUAAAACAAUCCAAAGUUGCAGCAGAUGAUAGAUGUAAAAUAUUGAUAAGUUCUCUUCAAGAUACUUUACGUGGCGUCGAGACUAAGAGCUAUGGAUCUGCACGUAGGGAACGAUCACGUUCACGUGAUAGAGAACGCAGUCACAGAAGAAGACGUGAGAGAUCAAGGAGUCGUGACAGAGAAUACAGAGAAAGAAGUAGAGAUAGAGAUAGAGAACGUGAUAGAGAACGUGAUCGUGAAAGAGAAAGAGAUCGUGAUCGUGACAGAGAACGUUAUUACAGUGAACCAUAUCCACGGGAGAGAUCACGAAGCAGAGAGAGAGAUCGUGAACGUGAAAGAGAUCGCGAAUAUAGAGAACGAAGCAGAGAAGAAAGUUGCGGUUUACAGAAAAGCUGAAGAAAAGGCCCUACAUUUCCUGAUGAACUAAAUUGAUGCUGGCAGCCUCGAGGAAGAAAGAAGAUUACAUUCUGGAGUCUCGUCAUCGAUCUUCUAGCUCCACGACGAUGCAAGAUUGUAUCUUAACUAUAAUACAUAUAUACGCUUUCAAAAAAAAAUAUAUGUGAUAAACAUGUCUUUACUUUAUUCAUCAGUACACACUAUCUUCCUGAUAAAUAUGUUAUUUUUGUUUUAUAUGCUAUUGCAUUAUUCCAAUUAUUAAUCGAAAGGUGGAACCGAUUGAAAAAAGAAACAAAUUCAAUUAAACACUUUCGAUCUUGCUAAUUAAUUUAUUUCUGUAACUUGGUGUUCAACAGCACGGGUCGAAAGUGUAUGAUGAGUCGGAACAAAAUUUUACAUGUAAAAUGAAUAAUGAUUAUGUUCCCCGUUUUGUUCCAUAAUAUAUACUAGUCCCAUCUGUGAAAUUGGAAACAUUAAUAUCAGAAUUAUAUAUUUAUCUUUUAAUAGUUGAGUCUUAAAAACUAAUUUAUUAAAAGUAUCCAAGCUUGUGUAUAAUAUCUAAUAAUAUCUUAUAAAUAGAAAAAAAAUAUACAUUAUUGGACGAAAUUAUAUCAAUUUUAUAGUAAUAAGCUCUUUGUGAUAAAUAGAAGUAUUUUUUGUAAUACUCAAUAAACAUUAUAUUUAAGCAAUAUUUAAAAGAUAAAAUAUUAAAAAAUAUUCUAAUGUAUUGCUAUAAUUUUGUCCAUUAUUUAUUAAUUGUAAAUAAAUACUAAGAUUAUAGAUAUUCUAAAGUCAACAACUUGGAUAAUUUUGAGAAAUUAAUUUUUAAUUGCAGUGUUAUUUUAUUUUUCAUAUUUAGUUGAAAUAUUAAAAAACGCACAGAAUAUUGUGAAAGCGCAACACAAUCACGGAAUGACUUUGUUUGAAUCAUCACAAAUGUUCCUGCAUAUUUGCAAAAGCAAAAAAAAUUUUCUUCUUUGUACGCUUUUAAGCGUAUAUUCUAAUCUUCGUGUGAUCAAGGCUCAUGAAAUUAAGAUUUUAUGAAAAAUUCCACUCGUUUUCUAUGUUAUAAAAUGUAGAAUUAAAUGUACAUAAAAAUAUCAUGAUAAUGGUAUUGUAUUAAAUGUGACAAUGCAUAUUUUAAAAAUAUGUAAUCUAAUAUAAUAUAAUAAUAUGCUAUAAUAAUUUCUAUUCUUGAUUAUACAAGAAUUAGAAAUUAGAAAAUUUAGUAUUUUUGCAAUAGGAAAAACUCUUUCAUGUUUUAGAUGGUGAAAGAUCAAUGCUAUUGUAUUUUUCUAACAUGGUGUUCUAAGAUUUAAUAUCUCCUUUUUUUUAUAUAUUUAAUCUUUAUUUCUCUGAAUUUCAUAAAUUUAAAAGAAUAUAUCAUUUUUUAAUUUAUUUUUUAGUUACAUAUAUUAUAUAAAUUAUUUUUUAAAUAACAUAUUACCUAUUCAUCAAAAUUAGAUAUAAAACAAAUAUAAGAGUUGUAAAGAAAUAUUGCAAUCACUUCUUGUGCAUGAAAGAGUUAAGAAUAACUUAAAAAAAAAAUUACAUGAAUAUUAUAUAUUUAAUCUUCGCAAGGAAGAAAAUAUUAAAAAUAAACAAACAUAGCGUGAACGGUUCACCUUUCGAAGAUAUUUUUCUUUAUCAGAUAUAAUUAAAAUAAAUGAUAAUAUACAUAACAAUUGUUCUGUGAGUUCCAGUUGUACAUAUUAAUUUUUAUUGUAUAUCGCAUAGCUAUUCAUUGCUCCAGCUGAACUCUUUGUGGCCACAUUAAUCUAUAAUAAUAACAAUUAUAAUGUAAAAAAUGAUCUCGUUAUAUAAUUAGCAAUGUAUUAUUUGUAUAUACGUAUAAAAUUUUAGUUUUAUAACUUUAAUUAAUUUCAUUUAAUAUAUAUUUUAAUCAAAAGCGUUAUUUAAAAAAAAAAUGAAAAGAAAAAAGGACCACAAAGGGCUGAGCAUCUGGUAUCUUUUAAUAAGUAUCAGGAAAUGAAUAAUGGACUCUCACAGAACGCAAUAUAAGAUAAUUAAAUCCUCUGAUAUGCAAAAAAGAAAAAAAAUCCCAACAAAUUUUUAUGUUGUAAUACACAAGACCAGUUUGCAUGAUCACAUACAUUCAUAUCACGUGAUUAUGUUUCGAUGUGCCAUUUUAAAAUAUCAUAAUAAUUAACUCGAUUAUGCAGAUAGAGAUAAGAGGCAUUGCUAGAUCAAGCAUGAUCAACUCAUAGUCUAAUUGUUUGAGUUUAUUCAUAUUUUAAUUCUUUGCGAUUCAGUAAUUUUUCAAUUUGAAAUUUAGAUGAUUUUAAUUUGUACUUUUUAUUAUUGCCAUCUUCAUUAAUCAUAACUUGUAAGGUUUUCAUGAUAUUAAAAUUAAAUUGUAUUUAUCAAUAUUUUAAUUUUUUUUGUGAAAAAGAUGCGCAUUCAUUUUAUUAUAUUUAAGAUCUUUUUAUAUAAUUUGAUAAAAUAAAAUAAAUAUAUUUUAUAUAUUUACAUAUAAAAUAAAUAUAUUAUUUAAAAGUAAUAAUAUUCAUAGAUUUGUAAAAUUUCUGUUUUUAAAGAUAAAUGCUUUUAAAAUAUAGACUAUAUUUCUUUUAUUGAAGUAUAAUAUUGACUUUUUACAUUCGUUAUAAAAAAAAAAAGAAAAAAUGCAAUAAUAUUAAUAAUUUACGAAAUAUUUAAAAUUUAUAAACACUGUUAAUAUUAUAACAAAUAUUUUUAAUUUUAUAAAUGCAAUUAAUAUUGAAAUAAUAUUUUAACAUAAUAAAUUCAAUAUUAUUAUAUUAAAUAAUUCGAUAGUAUAUUAAAUUAUUUUAAAUAUACUAAAAUCAUAUUAACAAUGUUUUUAAAAAUGUUGCAUCUAUUUUACAAGUAAUAAAUAUUUGUCCAUGUUUAUAUAAUUAUUCAAAUAGAAUCGCAAAGUAUUAAUAUAUGUAAAAUAUUACUUUUAUUUUAUUUAUAUAAUUCCAAAUUCAAAAUUUUUGUAAAAAUCAUUUUGCAUUUGAAUAUAAAGAUUAAAUUCUUAUAAAUAAUAUAUCGACAAUUCGACUAUAAGUAUAGUUUUUAGAGAAUCAAAUGUAUACAUCAUAGUUCUUAAAAAAAAAUCUUCGAGUUGUGCACAUACUGCAACAGAAUCCUGCAUCUCCUGGAUUUGUUAGCAUUUUGUGUAUGAAUCUCAUUAUGUAUAGAUUUUUUUAUUGCGAUUUAUCAGUUAGAAAGAUAUGUCACUGUAGUUCAAUUCACCAUUUUUUUUUUAAUCCCUAUGUUAUGUUUAUCUGUGAUUUUUCAAAAAAUCAAGAAUUAUUUUAUUCUAUUUCAGAAUUAGGAAAAAUAUUUUAAUUUCAUUUCGACAUAGAUUUCAAUAUAAUUUCUUUAAGCAUUUAAACAAUGAAGCAAUUAUAAUAUUAUGUUGCCUUUCAUUGAUUAAAAAAAAAAGAAAAAAAACUACAUUACAUUCUUAGAUUAUGCGAUAAAUAUUUUUUUUUUUUACAUGAGAAGUAUUUUUUUCUGUGCUAAUAAUAAGAAUUGUUCAUUUAAAGCGCAAUUUUUAAGAGAGAUAAGGUUCAAAUUUAUAAUUACAAAGAUAUUUGCGCUUUUUAUCUUUUUAAUUUUUUUUUUUAUCGUUUUCAUUUUAACAUUAUUUAAGAAAAAUUAAUGAUUGCUCAAGAGAUAUAAGUUUAAUAUUAAGUUAGUAUGUAGGAUUUUUCUUAACCUUAUCUUUUUUUUUUAAAUAAUUUGUUACGUGUAAUUUCAUAAUUUAUAAAAUUAACUUAAACUAGAAACUAUUAGUUUUAUUUGUUGCGUUUUAAAUGAAUAAUUUUGUGUUUGUUUUUAUAAAAAGUACAAAGAGCUGUGAAAUUUUUUUUAAUUCUAAUUUUAUUUUUUAAUGAUUUAUAUUUAACAAUAUAUAAUAUUCUAUUUAUAAAAAUCAUAUUUUAUUAUAGAAAUUUCAAUCAAACAUUGACAUUGUGAAUUAUAAAAUUAUAAACAAGCGUAUAAUGGAACAUAAAAUGAUAUAGUUUCAAUUUCUUGAAACUACAAAGCGCUUUAUAAAAUAUUAUUAAAAAAUAUUAUUAAAGAGAACUAUUAUAGUUCUAUAUAACAAUAUUAAACAAUGCGAUUAUUAUCAAGAAAAUUUUAUACCAAAAAACUAAAAAUCACUUUUUGUGAAACUACAUAAAAUUGUUAAUAUUUAGUGACCUUAACAGAAUCGACGAAAAUCUUUUGUACUGUCAAAAGAUCAUUAUAAAUUUAAUGAAAUUUUUUGUAAGUAAGUAUACAAUGAAAUGCUUAGAAUUUUCAACAUUUCAUAUCAUUAUAUUGAUAAUUUUUUUCUUCUUAAUUCAAGAAUUAAAAUUGAGAUGUGAAGAACUUAAUGUUAAUUAUAAUGAAAAAAUAUCACAAAAUUGUGAAUUUAUAAUUGUCACACUCAAGAAAUUAGAAAUGUCUGAAAGAGAUAAAUUAAUGUUAAUAGAUAAAAAAGUAAAUAUAUAUUUACUUUUAUAUAUUUAAUUAUCAAAAGUACAAGUUUAUCUUUAUUUUGCAAUAAUUUUAAAUAAGUAAAUUAAUUCUUUAUAAAAUUCUAUAACUGUUAUAUUAUAAAUGUUUAUAAGCUUCUUAAAAUAUUUAGAAAAAACAACUAAAAAUAUAAAUAUAUGAAAAAUCCUAUAUGGAUUUUUUUUGUAAUCUUAAAAAAAAAUUUUUUUUAGCAAAACAUUAAAAUGAAUAUAGAAUAUUAGAAAAUUUGACAUUCAUUGUUCCAAUAUCUUUUUUUAUUAUGUCAAAAAUAUUAAAAAUAAAUAAAAAAACAAAAAUAAUUCUAUAUUAAUAUUAUACAAUUUUAAUAUUGUUUUUAUAAUAGAAAACUAAGUAAAAAAAAUAUAAGAAAAGACAAAUGAUAAAAACAAAUUGCCUAUCAGUUACACAUAACUUAUUUAAAUUUAGUCGCAUAGUAUAUCAUGUUAUAAAGCGCAUCUUUAAUAAACAUAUAGUAUUUUAAGAGGCUUAAUUUCCAAAUAUGCCGCGCAUGGCAUCUUUGCAUAAUUGCUCGUAACGAAUUUCCUUUUAUAUAUAAUAAUAUAUAUUUUUGUUGUAUAAAGUAUUAUUCAUAAAUCUGUUCAUAUUUUAUUAAGUCAAAAAUAGAGAUUGCCUGGAGAAAUAUAUAUGGACUUAAGGGGUAAGUGUAUAUAUCACAGAAUAUAAUUUUAAAAAUCGAUAUUUUCUGUGGAUCACUUUGUUUCUAUAUGUUUAUCAAUAGUGAACAUAUAUAUAUAUAUAUAUAUACAAAUGUAUAUAUCAGAUUUUAAACGAUACACGAGCUAAAAUUUUGUUCAAAUUUUUAUGUUACCCUAGUCCUUCUGCAUCUAGCGUACUAAAUUGUAUGUGCAGAAAUUAUUAAACUUACAAAAAUCGAAGUUACAGUUAAAAAUUCAAGUUACUAACAUGUUAAUAAAUGAGAAUAAAUUAUUUUUAAAAAUACAUAAUUAUAAUUUUAUAAUAUUAAAUAAAAUUUACUACUUUAUUUAAUUUAUCAAAAAUACAUGUUUGUAUAUUUUUUAUAGUUAAUUAAUUUAAUUAAUUAUUGCAUCUUAAUUAACAUGCUAGUUUCUAUGAAUUUCUAAAACUCGAUUUUAUGGAUGUUCAAAUUUCAUCAAAAUCGAUAUACAAAAAUUCAAAAUAAUAAAAAUAACAGGUAAAAAAUUGAAAUUUGAUCAUCAUCUAACAUUGAUAAUGAUUAUGAUAGUGGUGAUGAUGAUGAUAAUAUUGAUAGUUAUAAAGAAAUAUUGUAUGAUUUGAUAAUAUUUAAAUUUUUUGUGUGCUUCGUUAUAUAUUGAUAAAUUUGCCAUUUUUGUAUUCUCGAAAUACAAAUUCUAGUCACUUGUGCCUUUGUCAAAUCGAACAAACUUUUCGAUUUUCGAACUUGAAAUGUAAAAAUCGUUAUGAAAAAUUUAGUACCGUUCUUUAUGCGCUCUUAAAUCGAAUCUUUUGUAUAAGAUGUAAAAAAGAAAUAAUUAUUUCUUCAUUAGGAUUAAUUAAAAAUAGUAUAUUAGUAUAAAUCAAUCAUAUUAAAAGAUUUGUACAUAUAUACAUAUAUAAACAUAUUGCUCAUUUGUUACAACAAUAACACAACUCAAAAUUUGUAGUUUUUUAAUUAUUUUAACAGAAAAAAACUUGAUAUUUAUAUUACUUUUUACUGUUAAAAUCUCUGUGAGUGUAUUUUCAAAUAAUUGCAUUUUUAAUUUGACAUUUUGUACGAUUCUUAUGACGAUUUAGAACAUUUUAAAUUAUUUUCGAGUUAUGUUCAUUCUUGCAUCGAAUAAGCGAUAUAAUAUAUAUGUGAUAAAUUAUAUAAAUUUUAUAUGAAAUCAAUUUCCAUCAUAAGUGAAACAAGUAUAUAAUUCAUAUUUUAUAUCAUAUUCAAAAAAAAUUCUGAUUUACAUUAGUUUCAUUGUAUUUUGCACACAUUAAGAAUUUAUAAAUCAUUAUUGAAGAUGUAAUACUAUAUAAUAGUCUUAAGUAUUGUAUGAUAAAAAAAGUUGUUCUGUUUACUCAAUUAUGAUCGUUAAUAGAAAAAUCAAUAUUUCAAAAACGUAAUAUAUUAAUCGAUAAUAAUGUGUUUUUAAAAUAAAAACAAAAUUAUUCUUUUUGCGUAACAAAUUCGUUCAGCGUGAAAAGAGAAAAGUAAUACAUUUCGUUUAUUAUAAAUAACAAAUUGUUGUUUCUCAUUGUAAUUCGAAAUAUUUAACAAUAUUUUGGCUCGUUACCGUAAGAUAAGAAAUUUUAAAUCACGUGUUAUGUAGAUUGAGGCAUUUUUGAUAAUUCUAAAUAUUCUUAUUGCUUGUUUAAAAAUAUAUUAUUUUUAUUUUUAAA